AUACAUUUCAUGACUGUUUUUGAAAGUAGCUUUCCAUAUAAGAAUGAUUGUGGUCUCAAUAAUUUUUUAUUUCCUCUUCUAAAAUGUACCAGUUAGUCACUCAAUCAAUCGUUGUUCAUAUAGUUCUAUUGAGAUACACAUUUACUUAUGAGAGAGGUUGUUCCAUUGCCACUUCCGAUCUCGACAACAAACAACCCCUUAUUCUCAACAAUUAUUUCAAUAUUUUCCUUCCAGACAACGGAAAAGAGAUUCAUAUACCGAAAAAUGAAACACUCAUUAUAAGUUGUAUCGAAAAAAAUAAUUACCAAUUAGGAUCAAUUAAAUCUCCUUUCGUCAACAUUACCUGUUUUAAAGAUGGGACAUUCCUUUUAGGUAAAAAUAAAGUGACUUUCAAGGAUCUCCUAUGCAAGGAAUACCCCAAACCGACUGCUAGGGUCACGAAAAAAAAAUGUGGAAAAUCUCUCCAGGAGAUUGAAGUUGGAUUUAAAAUCGCCGAGCAGUUCGUCCAAAUUUUUGAUGUCUGCUUCGAUUCGUAUUUGAAGACCGUGUUUUAUUCACAUUUUCGUCUGACGAAAUGGAUUAAUGACAGACAAAAUGUAGCAAGGGUUAACUGGCGAGAUGACUUCUACAAUAAGGAUGGUGCCGCUUAUACUAAGAAAAAUCAACAGAAAUACCUCAAUACUUUAUUGGAAUUGCCCAUAGACUCCGAAAAAAUAGUGAAGGACAAUCAUCUUGAUUUUUUAUCUAGAGGUCACUUAUCAGCCAAAGCCGAUUUUUAUUAUGCACAUCAGCAAAGCUCCACAUUCUUUCUGAUCAAUGCUGCACCCCAAUGGCAGGCCUUCAAUAAUGGCAAUUGGAAAACACUGGAAAUUGCUGUGAGAAACCUUGCAGCAGCUAGAAAACUGGACUUAGAAAUAUAUACCGGAACUCACGAAGUUCUAGAAAUGACCACAUUUAAAACGAAAUCUAAAGUUGAAAUUUAUCUACACGACAAUGGUUUACCUGUUCCUCUUUUCUUCUGGAAAAUUGUAUUUGAUCCGAAGACUGAAACUGGGGUGGCUUUUAUUGGAGUUAAUAACCCUUACAUAACUGAGAAUGAGCUAGAGGACGUCAAGAUAUGCAGAAGUAUAUCCGAUAGAAUAAAAUGGGUGCGUUUCAUGGAGAAAAGGUUGGAUAAGGGAUACAGUUACGCUUGCAGAUUGAAAGAUUUCGUGAAAGUUGUGAAAUAUCUACCACCUUUGAGGGUUGCAGGUGUGCUGGAAUGAAUAUUACUUCUCUUCAAGAAUAUCUAAUCUAUGUUAACUUAAGGUUAGCAAUAAUCACAAAUGAAAAUACUUGAAUGUGUUUAUAGUAGAACAUUCUGUUUUAUCAUAUUUUAUUUCUGCCAAUCUGAACAAAAAUAAUAUCUAAUAAAUUAUGAAAAGCCCUGAGCAGUGUUUUUGAGCUCUUGCUAGAAAUUAAAUUAUAUGGUUCUGAUGAUACAAUCCUUCUGGAUUCCGGCAUGAAAACUCGAGUAAGUAAACGUAAUA